UUUUCCUCAAUUGCAAUUGCAUCAAUAUAUUGGUUCCUAUUUUUUUUUCCACACAUUUGGUGCAUAACACUAACAUUCACUAGCCAAAAGAACCCUUAAAAAUAUGUCAUCUUCAUCAGCAGAAUCGAAAAUGGCCUUGGCCAAGACUUUUCUAUCGACAGUAGGCUCUGUUGCUGCGCCAGCCAUGUUGGUUCGUUCGAUAUUCCAUGACUACAUUCCCCGGGAACUCCAUGAAUAUCUCUUCUUUGGACUUAGAAACAUUUUCACCAAGUUCUCAAAUCAGCUAACGAUGGUGAUUGACGAAUUUGAUGGUCUUGUCAAUAAUGAAAUUUAUGAAGCUGCUCAGACCUAUUUGGGCAGCAAGUUGUCACCUAACAUCCAUCGACUUAAAAUCAGUAAGCCUGAGAAGGAGAAAAAUUUCAACAUUGCCAUGGAACGUAAUGAGGAGGUGACAGAUGUUUAUAAUGGACAGACAUUCAAGUGGAUUUGGCUCUGUAGACAAACACAGUCUACAAACUUCUAUAAUUCCAGGGACAUGAAUUCCACUCUAAAAUCUGAAAUCAGGUCCUUUGAGCUGACAUUUCACAAGAAAAACAAGGACCUUGUCCUUAAUUCGUAUUUGCCUCACAUCAUGAAAGAAGCAAAAUUGCAAAAACACGUAAACAAGACGAUCAAGAUUCACACUGUGGAUUGCGAGAGAAUGUACAAUUUACACGAAAUGUGGAAGCCAGUGAAUCUUAAUCAUCCAGCCACUUUUGAGACAAUCGCGAUGGAAUCAGAUCAAAAAGACAUGAUCUUGAAAGAUUUGGAGAGAUUCGUGAAGAGGAAAGAUUAUUAUAGGAAAGUUGGCAAGGCAUGGAAAAGAGGGUAUUUGUUGUUUGGUCCUCCAGGGACCGGAAAAUCUAGUUUGAUUGCUGCAAUGGCGAAUUAUUUGAACUUUGAUAUAUAUGAUUUGGAGUUGACUUCGCUGAGGGGGAACAUGGAGUUACGGAGGUUGUUGGUUGCCACAGCCAAUAAGUCCAUUUUGGUGGUGGAGGACAUUGAUUGUACCAUUGAAUUGCAAGAUAACUUGGCUAACCGAGCUACUGUUCAUUCAAUUAAUGGUUUUGGUAUGAAAGAAACCAAGGUGACAUUAUCAGGUUUACUGAAUUUUAUUGAUGGAUUAUGGUCGAGUUGUGGAGACGAAAGAAUCAUAAUUUUCACGACAAAUCACAUAGAGAAACUCGACCCUGCAUUGUUGCGACCUGGUAGAAUGGACAUGCACAUUCACAUGGCAUAUUGCACACCUUGUGGCUUCAAACUUCUUGCUGCCAAUUACUUAGGGAUUAAAGAUCAUAAAUUGUUCAAAGAAAUUGAGGAAUUGAUUGACAUAGCCAAUGUGACCCCAGCAGAAGUGGCAGAGCAAUUGUUGAAGGAAGAUGAAGUUGAGAAUUCCCUUCAAGGGUUGAUUAAUUUUCUUUACAAAAAGAUAAAAGAGAAUGAAGAGGUUAAGGCUAAGAAAGUGGAAUUAACACAAGUGGAAUCUGUUGAUGAGGAGGAGGAAAAUGUUGAAAAUGAGAUUAAAGAAAAAGAGGAAGAAAAGGACUUACCAAAUGGGGAAAGUACUUAAAUCCACAUAAAAAACAGUUUGUCUGAUCCAAUUUCACGCGGUGUAGCGCCUCAUUUGAUCUAUAUAAAUAAUAAAAAAAUAUAUCUGGUAAAUUGUACAAUAUUAUACGAGAACUAUGCUGUGAGAAUCCCUAUCACUUAAUCAUAUGAUUAGAAGAUAGUUUAUAUAAUUUUGUACGUAUUAAUUAAUCUGAAUUAAACGACUAAGUUGUAUGUCCCCUUGAGAAUAUUACUUUAUAUUCGCACUAUUUUAUAUAAAUAAAAUACGUACUAGUGUUAUUAUAUACGUUUACUCAAUUAUAAUAAAUAUUUUUACUUAAAUGUCCUCUAUCAGAAAGUUUCAAAAUUUAACUAUUGGUACUCAAAAAUCAGACUGUAAACCCAAAUAGUUUUCUCCACCGGCGGCGAAUUCGUCAUCAAACCGGCAGCACCAGCAAAUUGAUUAAUGAAAUGCACGGAAUCGGCGGCAUCCAUUAUUGUCCGAUUUGGCCCCGUUCAGCUAAUUGAUUUUCCGGCCGACUAAUUUUGAGUGAGGAAUCUCAAAAGUUAGAGACAAAACGGAGAUGUUGCAUGUUGAUUAGCAUUGGCAUUGUGAUCUGAUGAGGUACAUCAACUUAUUCAGAUCAUUGCUUUUCCCUAUUUUAGGACAAAUUUAUUAUAUAGCUUGUUUAGUCAUCUCAGUCCGUGUGUUGUAAAUAAAAUGUAGGAAAUCGUUGUAGAAUUAUUUUCUCCUAUUCAAAUUUUAAAUGGACUGAGAGAUCAUUUUCUCAUCUGAACUACGCAUAAACCAAAUACAAUAAUAGCAAUACGAAAUUCCAGCUAAUUCUGUUUGUUCUUCAAUCAAUAUAAUAGUACUCUUAAGGGGGACAUACUACUUGAUCGUUUACAUCAGAUUAACGAAUACAAAAUUAUAUAAACCAUCUUCUAAUCAUUGAUUAAGUGAUAUGGAUUCUUCCUCCUCAUCUUAGAUCCCAUUUCCAUUACUUUCUUUCUUCUCAUCAACAGACUUCACUUGAGUUAUUUCCACUUUCUUAGCCUUGUCCUCUUCCUUCUCUUUCAUCUUUUUGUGAAGAAAAUUAAUCAACCCUUUAAGUGAAUCUCCAACUUCAUGUUCCUUCAACAACUGCUCUGCUACUUCUGCUGGUGUCACAUUGGCUAUGUCAAUCAAUUCCUCAAUUUCUUUGAAAAAUUUAUGAUCUUUAAUCCCCAAGUAAUUGGCAGCAAGAAGUUUGAAGCCACACGGUGUGCAAUAUGCCAUGUGAAUGUGCACGUCCAUUCUGCCAGGUCGUCGCAGCAGUACAGGGUCGAGUUUUUCUAUGUGAUUAGUUGUAAAAAUUAUGAUUCUUUCAUUUCCAUAGCUCGUCAAUAAAAUUUAGUAAACCUGACAAGGUGAUCUGCAAUAAAAAAAAUAUAUUAGUAAAGGUGAAGUAUUACACACAACACACUACACUAAUACCAAAUCCAAAUAUUCCCGAUAAUUGACACUUAAUUUAUUCAAGAAUAUCACAAAUUAAUGGAGGGUGAAAUUAUUGUGGUUCCAUGUCAGUAGAAUUUGUAAAAAAAUAUCGACUAAUCCGUAGGCAAGGAUGCAUUAGAACAAUUGUUCAGAACCCCUUCAUACUCUUGUCAUGUCGAAAUACUGCACAAAAAGAGGAAUAGUAAAGAUAGGAAACAGAAAAUAUAAGACUAAUUUACUGUGCUUUCGGACUGAUGAAAAUCAUUUGAACGAACAUACAUAGCUCGAUUAAUCAAAUUAGCUUUCAAGUUAAUGGUACAAUCAAUGUCCUCAAUCACCAAAAUUGACUUAUUGGUUGUGGCAACCAACAACUUCCUUAAAUCUGAAUUCCUCGUCACUGCAGUCAACUCCAAAUCAUAUAAAUCGACGUUUAAAUAAUUCGCUAUUGCAGCUAUCAAACUAGAUUUCCCCGUCCCGGAGGACCAAACAACAAAUACCCUCUUUUCCAUGCCUUCCCUACUUUCCUGUAAUACUCUUUCCUCGUCAUGAAUCUCUCCAAAUCCUUCAAGAUCAUGUCUUUCUGGUCAUUGUCUCAAAAGUGGUGGGAUAAUUAAAAUUCACCGACUUCCACAUGUUAUGUAAACAAAUCAUCUUUCCUUGUUUUUCUUGUGAAAUGUUAACUCAAAG